GGUUGGUCACGCUCCUCCCCGAUCCCGAUCUCCGGCCGACGCCAUGGCCGCCCCCUCCGCCGCCGCUGGCGUCGCGGCCGUAAUAGGGGCGCUCAUCCUCCUAGUCGCGGGGGUCUCCGGCGCGCGCCUCCCGGCCCGCGGCGGCGCCGUCCGGGGAGCGCUGCUGCCGCGCGGGGGAGCGCCGGCCACGGCGGUGUUCGCGCUGGGGAGCUUCUGGAGGUCGGAGGCGGCGUUUGGCUGCCUUCCCGGCGUGAUCCGCACCUCCGUUGGUUACGCCGGCGGCUCCAAGGCCAAUCCCGAGUACCGCAACCUCGCCGACCACGCCGAGUGCGUCAAGGUUGAGUAUGAUCCCCGGCUGAUUCACUACAGGCAGCUUUUGGAUGUGUUCUGGGCAAGUCAUGAUCCACGGGAGGUGUUUGGGCAAGGGCCAGAUGUUGGCAACCAGUACAGAUCUGUCAUCUUUACUAAUGGAACCAUUGAGGCCAGAUUGGCUGCUCUUAGCAAAGAGAAAGAACAAGCUAAGGAUCGCAGCAGCGUUAUUACCACACAGAUCCAACCAUUGGGGGUGUUUCAUCCUGCUGAACCAGAACAUCAGAAAUUUGAACUGAAGCGCAAGCCAUUCCUCCUUCAAUUGAUUGGGAAUUUGCCAGAGGAGGAGCUCCUGACAUCAACACUAGCUGCUAAGCUUAAUGCAUAUGCUGCUGAGCUCUGCCCUGCAAAUACCCAAAAGAGAAUUAGCUCCAAGAUUAAUGAGAUUUCAAAGAAAGGAUGGCCCAUCUUAAGGGAAAUUUAGCUCAUACUAGACCCAGGACUCAAAUCGACUGUUGCAAUGUAGACACAACGCGAGACAGGUGCAUGAUUUCGCAGAGAAGAAUUUCAGUGCACCAUGAUGACCUCAGUCAUCCAUUCUUCAGUUUGCUCACAUAUUAUAUAGUUGCUCAUAGCAUGUUCAUUGAGUUCGUGACUGCAGAAGUUGUGUGUGUUACCCCAUUUGUAACCCGAAUUUAUGGCCCAAGCUUACUGAACAGACGAGUCGUUAUUGUAAAUUUGGCUGUUCAUUUGUGAAAAUAUAGAUUUUCGUUCUUGUUUAG